AUGGCGAUCAGUUUCUCAAAUUUUUUCAGUCUUAUCGUUUAUAUUACAUCGUUUAUAUUACAGCCAGUUGAGCCGACCGUAGAAGACUUUGUGAGAGAGCUGAGGAAAGCGGUUGAAACAGGAAUUGAUGGUAAUGUGAAGAAUUUAUUACAUAAAAUAGACCUUAAAUAUAAGGAGAAAUACAGUAAAAGUAAUCUAACGCGACAUCGAAGUAUUGAGGUCAAAGACAAAUCUGAGUUCUUUUCCAAUAUUCAUUACGAGUGUGUGAAAGAUGCACUGGAAAUCUUCAAACAUGAUGAAUUAGUAGCAGAACCAGGAAGUAAAUUCCAGUAUACAACCCACGGAUUUACUUUACUCAGUGCAGCACUAGAGAAAGCAGCCAGUGAAAGAUAUGUAGAUCAAAUAACAAAUUUGUUCCGUGAAUUAGGAAUGAAUCAUUCAUAUCUCGAUCUUAACUGUCCCCUUAUCACCAAUAGAGCCAGAUAUUACUAUCGCGAUCAAGAUCAUAAAUUAAAGAAUGUUCCAGAAGUAGACAAUUCAGGCAAAUGGGCAGGUGGUGGAUUAUUGUCGACUGUCACUGAUUUACUUAUUUUCGCUAAUGCAAUGCUUUAUAGUUAUCAUGCAGCGCAGCAUUCAUUUGUCGAGAAUAAUGGAAUAAAGCCUUUGCUCGAUGCCGAAACCAUGAAAAUGUUUUGGAAGGGUGAAAUUUCGGAUCAUCGAGGGAAUGUUUACGCUCUUGGGUGGUACAAAAUCGAUGGAGAUGAUCAAAAGUAUGGAGGUUUAAGUGAUACCUGGCCACGAAAAGGAGUUUUUUUGCAUACUGGUGCUGCUGUGGGUGCGUCAUCUGUUCUGCUUAUCAAACCAGAUCAUAAUUUCGUCGGCACUGAUGGAACUUGCGUUGCUAUUCUUACAAACCUUCAUGAAUGCGGUGAGCUUACGCAGUUAGCUAUGGAAAUUGUUGAAAUUUUUGGUUGUGUUACUUCCAUCGAAACCUCAUAG